CCUCCUCCUCCUCCUCCUUCUCCUCCUCCUCCCCGUGGUCGUGAUUUCCACCAAGCAAGACCGACAGACUGACAAAAGCUUCUUCCAUUCUUUUGCCUGUCCGCCGGCCGUGUCUGUCUGCUCGUCUGUCUGUCUGUUCAUCUGGUGACGCCGCUACAGCUGUUCCCCUCCCGCCGCCACUGCGUAUAAGGUGUGUGAGGCGGCAGGUAGCAGGCGCCAGGUGGUCACCCCGACACACAACAGGUGUGAUCACGUGGCUUCGUCAUUAGCAGGUGUGCCAUGAGGUGCCGCUACACACCUGCAUAUAUACAGGACCUGAAGCGGAGACUUAAACAGUAAUCGGUUGCCUAACUUCUCGCCAACCCGGUACUUCGUGAAGAUGGGUAGAGAAAACACAACAAGUGACGACUGGAACUACACGCUGCCGAACCUGAUGGAGGCGCUGAUGGAGGUGGGCAGCGGACACGGGCAUGGCGGGGCGUCGGAGGGCAGCGGCAACCCAAUCCUGCAAGACCCCAGCAAGGAACCCCCUCCUACUACCACGCUAUGGGGGACACCACUCACCCCGACCCCUCCCCCUACCACCACCACCACCGCCACCACCACCACGCCCCCGCCGAUCAACAAACCGAUAUUUCCCUUAAACUUCACCCUGCGCACCACUUUAGGGACACUUUUAAGACCUAGGCCGAAUCUGACGGUGCUGGAGCCCUUAACUGCAGGUGCUGGGGGAGGGACAGGGAUGCCGCCCCUUGAGGAUGCCAGCGCGGGGACUUUGGGGAUGCUGGGACCCUCCUCCGACUUGGUUUUGGCCUCAGGGAAUGACUCCUUCGUCAGUAUGGACUAUUCCUACUCUCUCGGGGUCCUAAACGAGUCCUUCCUUAACGCCACGCAGCUCCUGGCGGGGAAUGACACCCUGGAAGGCCCUCUGGUGGACACUGCGGCUAUGGUGGUCACGUCUGUUAUCCUUGGCGUCAUGAUUCUUACGACGGUCAUUGGUAACGUGUUUGUGAUCGCCGCCAUACUGCUGGAGAGGAACCUACAGCAGGUGGCCAACUUUCUCAUCGUGUCCUUGGCUGUGGCGGAUCUGAUGGUGGCCUGCCUCGUCAUGCCCCUGGGAGCUGUAUACGAGAUAAGCAAGGAGUGGAUUCUGGGCCCGGAGCUGUGUGACAUGUGGACUUUUAGCGAUGUUCUUUGCUGCACCGCCUCCAUCCUGCACCUCGUGGCUAUAGCGUUGGACAGGUACUGGGCGGUGACACAAGUGGACUACAUUCACUCGAGAAACGGUACGCGGAUCGGCCUCAUGAUACUGAUGGUGUGGCUGACGGCGGUGGUGGUGUCCAUAGCGCCUCUGUUCGGCUGGAGGGACCCUGACUUCCUGGUGAGGGUAAACGAACACAAGAAAUGCCUGGUGUCUCAAGAUCUCGCCUACCAAGUGUUCGCGACCAUGGCAACUUUCUACGUGCCCCUCACCGCUAUUCUCAUUCUCUACUGGAAAAUCUUUCAAGCGGCGAGGAAACGAAUCCAUAAAAGCAAGUUCGGUGGCAAGAAGGAAGGCGGCCAGCAGCGAGGCACCAACAGGAAAGGAAAGGGCUUGAGGGCGGCGGCGGCGGCGGCAGGUGGAGACGCAGCCCUAUGCACGCCCCCGCCGCCAGCCACAGUGGGAGGGCCGGCCAGGGAAGCCAUCAGACCCAACGGCGUGGCGGAGCAUCAGCAGACCACGGCCUUCACCACAGUCGCCAGCGGAGCGUCCCCUGACAAAUCUUCUAAUAACGGCGCACUCUCCGUCUGCUCCCACGUGUCUGAAGUGUCACGGCAAGAGAUGCUACCGAAGGAGCCGCCGAAGAAGUCCAAGAAGGAGACACUGGAGGCGAAGAGGGAGAAGAAGGCUGCUAAAACACUGGCUAUCAUCACAGGAGCCUUCGUUAUUUGCUGGCUACCCUUCUUUGUGACUGCGCUUCUCAUGCCCAUCUGCCCAGGUUGCUAUUUCUCCGACGUUAUGUUCUCCAUCUUCCUCUGGCUUGGCUACUUCAACUCCACCCUCAACCCCAUCAUCUACACCAUCUUCAGCCCUGAAUUCCGGGAGGCGUUCAAGAGGAUUCUAUUUGGCAGGAAGAACCAGAGAUACAGGCCCGGGAAGACACGAUAAGAACUCCCGCCGGCGUGUCGUCCCUGCUUCACUGAUUGUCACGUGUAUUUCUUUAAGGAGGCGAGGGAGAGUGGAGGCUAUAGAGAGGGAGUAGUGAUGACAUGUAGAGGUGAGCUAGAGAGGUGCUGAGUGGUGGUAAGACUGUUGGUGUCGUGUUAGCAGGUUGUGUUUGUGUCCGUACAUCGUGUGGCGCUUCUGUGUUGUGCGGCGUGGCGGUGUUCAAUAAGAGAAAAGGGAAACGAGACGUGUGUGUGUGUGGAGAAAUAUAUGUACUAGGAAAAAAAGCGAUGAUUAGGAUGAAAACAGGGUAAAAUACAGAACACUUGCAAGGGGUUCUAUAAACACAAAAGGAAAAGGAAAGAAAAAGUUUUAAGAUAUAUAGUAGAAAAAUUAUAAACGCCAGGAAAAGAACAGAAGAUUAAAACUAUUACAGAAAACUUUAUAGACUUAAUAAGGAAAAAGAGGAUAAAAGGAAAAGGAGAACAAAAUGUAUAUGUAUAUGUGUGUAUGUGUGUGUGUGUGGAAUAAAUAAGAGAAGAGAAAAGGAAAGAACAAACAUGGAGCGAGAACAAACAGGAAAAUAGAUGUGGGAAAAAAUAACGUUAAUGAAAGAUGUGCAGACUUGUGUUAGAAGGAAAGAAGGAGAAACACUCGUUCAAACUAAUACGAAAUAAAACUUAGCAUACAAACACGCACAAUGUCUAACAAGAAUGGUACACACAAGAAACAUAAGCAUACAUUCAUACAUACAUACACACAAAUAUACAGAGAGACGAAUUGAAAGGAGAAAAAUAAAGGAUUGUGAAUGAUAAAGAUAAUAUACACACACACACACAUACACACAAUUAGAACUAAGGCAAAAUAGACAAGUAUGUGUGCAGGUGUGUGUGUGUGUGUGUGUGUGUGUGUGUGUGUGUGUGUGUGUGUGUGUGUGUGUGUGUGUGUGUGUGUGUGUGUGUGUGUGUGUGCAUACAUACGAACAAUACAAAACAAUACAACAUUCCAUACAUAUCUGCUGCUUAGUACAAUAUUGUAUUAACGAAAACGAAAAAGAAGAAUGGCUACUGAUUGUGAAUUGGGAAGAAGAAAUUUGGAUAAACAGUGAUGAGUAAAAGUGAUAAAAGGAAAAUAGACAUAGAUGAUAAAC